CCUAUAUUUUCUCCUUUUUGUGUUUUUCUCUCUCGGUAUACAAAGUCAAUUUUCUUCCUUCUCACCCUCAAUAAUUCUAUACAUUCGUCGAUUUUCGAUCCAUUUCUACAAAAUAAUCUCAGAAUUGAGAAGGCGCAGCUGAAAUCUAGGAGCUAGAAUUGAUGGAGAGUUUAUUGGAGCGCAUGUGCAUCGACGCGGCGACUGAGAGCGCCGUCGCCGUCGACAAGUGGCGAAGGCAGCGGCGAUCGCUUGAGCGCAUGCCGCCUCAUCUCGCGGAGGCUCUCCUCCGCCGUCUCCUCCAGCGCCGCAUGCUUUAUCCAUCGCUGCUCGAAGUUUUCAAAUACAGUGUAGAGGUUGUUGACCUAAGUGGUGAAAGCUCUGUGGAUGCCGAGUGGAUGGCAUACUUGGGAGCAUUCCGCUAUCUCAAUUCUUUGAUUUUGGCAGACUGCCAUAAAAUCAAUAAUGCAUCUCUUUGGUAUAUAACAGGCUUGCCAACUUUAAAGGAGAUGGAUCUUUCAAGAUGCUCUAAGAUAACAGAUGCUGGAAUACAACAUCUAUUAUCACUUCCAGCCCUUGAGAAAUUAUGGAUCUCUGAAACAGGUGUUACUGCAGAUGGUGUCAUAAUUCUCGCUUCACUGAGGCACUUAUUGCUGUUGGACCUGGGUGGUUUACCUGUCACUGAUUCAGCUUUGAAUUCUCUUCAGACUCUCACGAAGUUGCAAGGUUUAGACCUUUGGGGGAGUGAAGUAUCUAAUGAAAGUGUGACGACACUCAAGAUGUUCCGAAAUUUGAGUUUCUUAAACCUAGCUUGGACCAAAGUCACAAUGUUGCCAAAUUUGCCCUCCCUUACAAGCCUAAACAUGUGUAAAUGCGCUAUAAGUUCUCUAUUUGAAGGAGAGGGCCAGAAACCUCGUCUGGAGAAAGUAAAUUUUUCUGGAGCUACAAUUCGUAACAUUUCAGAAGCCUUCAAAUAUGUUGAAACCAGUAGACUUUCUUUGUUAGACAUAUCCAACUCCGUGCUUCAGUCUUAUAGCUUUUUGUCUUCCAUGAAUGCAAUGACUGAUUUGGACCUGAGCGAUAGUGUACGGGUUGACGACAGUUUAGUCGAACACAUUGCACGCAUAGGAGCAACGUUAAAAAAAUUGAAUCUCAGCAAUACAAGAGUAAGUUCGGAGGGCAUUAAUGCAUUAGCUGGCAGUGUUCCAAACCUCGAGACUCUAUUGCUGUCUGGCACUUCCAUUGAUGACACAGCUAUAGAUUUUUUAAGCAUGAUGCCUGCACUCAAAGUUAUCAACCUCAGCAGAACACAGGUGAAAGGAUUAAUGCAAUUGCGCGGUGCAAAUGAUGAGGUCCUGUCAUUUUCAGCACUAGAAAGACUCGAGCAUCUCGAAACCCUGGAUUUGGAACUAUUACACAUGAAGGAUCUCGCACUGCGCCCUCUGGCAAACAUGAGCAGAUUGAGUCAUUUAUCUCUGCGAACCUCCUCCCUCACAGACGAAUCAUUAUAUCACACCUCGUCAGCUAAAAAGUUGGUUCAUCUUAGUAUUCAAGGUACAAUGUUGACGGAUGCUGGACUUGCUGCAUUCGCUCCUCCCCCAGCCCUGGAAAUUCUCGAUCUCAGGGGCUGCUGGCUAUUAUCACAGGAGAUUGUUUCACGCUUCUGCCAAAAGCAUCCUCAACUUGAAGUAAGGCACGAUUCAUUUGAGACGCUUCCGUCACGAGCAACUACAAGGACCCCGAAAGGCAAGAACAGGCAGGGGAGUUCGUCCGCGCCACCCCAAUAUUUUGUAGUAGAUCAAAGAUUAAAAUACAGCAUAGAAGAAUUACUAAGCCUCCGAAUUUAGUCAUCGGUAUUACCAACUUCCAGUGUUCAGAGCAAUCCAUCGCCUUAGUCUCUAUGGUCAAGGCUAAAACACAGCUUCUAUGCCAAAGAAAAUGUGCAGGUGUGCCUGCUCAACUACUGUACUAAAAUUGUGUCUGUCAUUUCGAAUUAUUUUUUCGACAUAGAAUUUUGAAAUAGCUACUUUACUUAGUUCACUACUCUCAUGCUUUAUUGCAUUGACAACA